AUGAAAAAAAUUAUUCCGUUUUCGGAAAUUUUGUUGUGCUUUGGUCACGAGGAAGAUGACGCUGGAAAUCACAUAGCUGACUUCAAGCGACGCAUUGGACUAAGAGGAAGAGCACGAAUCGAAGAGGAUAACGAUGUUCCGUCUCCGCAUGACGUCCCCGUCAUUGUAAUCGAUGAUGAUGAUGAUGAUAACGUUGAUGACGAUAACAUUGAUGGGGAUGACGGUAUCAGUCCAGCCGAUUCCAGAGCACUGGUCUCGCAGGUUCCACAAUUUUCACAACGGGAAACCGAAGAGGAAAUGAUAAAGGAAGAAGUGGGGGAAGAAGAGGAGGAGGAAGAAGAAAAGGAGGAAGAGGACGAGGAAGAAAAGGAGGAUAACAUUAUCGAUCAUGAUGAUAAUGAUGAUGAUGACGAUGAUGAUGAUGAUGCUGAUAAUGAUGACAGCGUCAUCUCCAACGAGAAUAGCAACGUCGAUGACAACGGCGAUGAUGGAGAGGAGGAGGAGGAGGAGGAGGAGAAGGAGGAGGAGGAAAUAACACAGGAGGAGGAAAUAACAGAGGAAGAAGAUAGUACAUAUUACGUGCCUCUUGGAAAUGAAGUACAAAUAGGCGGUGGUGCUGAGCCUCUUACAUCGCAGCACACGCGAGAAGAAACCAUGCCGAUGGAAGAAGAAUCCUCACAAAAUUCCAUAGGCAAACAACAUGAGCAGAAGCAGCAGCAGCAGCAGUAG